AUGGCAAGAUCAGGUCAUUCCACUCACUUGACUUCGGGAAGACAUAGGGCACGUCAACCACAGACACAGAAGCUCACGGAAAACGAAAUUUCAGAGCUGAAGAACUACCUUCCUGAGUGGACUUCUGCCAAAUGGAGUGAGAAGCGGGGAGUAUUCACUUCCAUAGCUAGGGCUGCCAGGUUAUUUGCUCCUAAGGUGUACCAAGGACAAUGGAAAAAGAGGAAGCAGAUGUACCAGACAUGGUUGUACAACAACAAGAAAAAGAAGGAAAGGAAGGACAUGCUAAGGUAUGGGAGGAAAUGGAUGCCUAGGAUGGUGAUCUACCAGCAGAAGCGGGAAGAGGUGCUAAAGAGGAUCGAGGACGAGUUGGGGGCAAAGCCAGGAGAUCUGGUUGGAGAGGUGAAAGAAAUGGCCAAAGAAUGGUCCAACAACUUUCCUCCUCCCGAGAUACAAACACAGGUCGCCCGAAAGAAGGGACCUGCAUAUAUGGAGCACUUUUUGAACGAGAUGUGGAGGCAAUGCAGGAUGAGAGUUUUUGUGUUGUCAGCCUGGAAGAAUGAACAGGGAGAGGUGCUGUUCUGGAUGCACAAUGAUAACGAGGCAUUAGGAGAUGGGGACAGCUUCAUGAAGACAAAGGACUGGGAGGACAUCGAGCCAGUUUGGCAGGAGUACGCGCAGGAACAGUUUGGUGCUGGGGCAUGGGAUGGAGCCCGACAGGUGAAGGGAGGUCGCAAAAGAAUCCGAAAACCAGCCUUCAAGCUCGAAACUGACGGGGACAGGAUGCCAUUGCUUCCGGACAUCACAGACACGAAACUUGAGGAUAAAAAGGCCAUAGUGAGGGCUUUUCUUACAUCGCACUAUCAUGAGUCUAUCCUUGCUACAUCCGAGACGGCAGUCGUGCCAUGGAGUGCCAUCUUAGAACAUCAGGAUGACUUUGUGGCAAGAAAGUAUCUUCUGGUGGAUGUUGACUUGAAGAAGCCUUCCAAGUUGCAAAAUUGGGACACCAUGGCCUUGCCCAAUUUCUGGUAUGCUUGGCAGGAAACAGGUGAAGGUCGAACAGUCAUGUUCAAAGCAUGGAAGAACAAAGAUGGCGACAUAGUAGCAUCAGUUGCAUCUGGCAAGUCGCCUUCCCAUCAGACCGGUGAAGGGUUUCUGGACCAGGCUCAAGGCUCAGAGGAGAGGAAAUAUUAUGAAAACUUGCUGAGUACUCUGACUCCUACUGGUAACUGGUGA